AUGGCUGAGGUGAACAGUGUUGAAGAAAAUGUAAAUGAGGAGAUUGUAAGUUUUGAAGAAGAAGUUGAAACAUUUUUAAUAAAUUUACACGAUUUUGUUUAUCAUCGAAAUGCUGAAGCUAUAAAGAAAUUGUUUGAUACAGAUUUUUAUACAAUAUCUGAAAUAUAUUUUAAGAAUAUAAGAUGGCCAUCAAUAAAAUUGGUUGAUAUAUUUUAUAAACAGAAGAAUAGAUUUCAUAAUUUGAUUCAUUCAUUAUAUGAAGAGUUAUAUUAUCGUCAUGUAUUUAUAAUAAAAGAUAUAACAUUAGAAGAUCGUAAGAAUGCAUGGGAUAAUUAUAAAUGUUUAUUAAAUUUUAUAACAACUAUAUGUACAGAUUUAUCAGGUGAUUCUAAUGAUAAUGUAUUGGUUAUGCCAAAUGUAUGGGUAUAUGAUUUUUUAUCAGAAUAUAUAUAUCAAUAUCAAUCGAUGUGUCAUUAUAGAUUACAAUUAUUAAAAGAUUCAGAAAAGAAUGAAGAAGGAAUAUCAUUUGUUACUCAAAAUACAGAUGUAUUUGAGAGUAGUAUUGUUUUUGAAGCAUUACAUAAUUUAUUAUUAAAAGGAGAAUUUAGUACCUUACCUUUAGAAGAAAAAAGUACAUAUGUAAAUAAUAUAUAUAAUAUAAAUAAUGAAGAAAUAAAUAGUAAAUAUCAGUUUGCUUAUUUUGCUUGUUGUAUAUUAUUAAAUUUAUAUGUAUUAAUAGGAGAUUAUUAUACAGCUUUAAAAAUUAUAUCUCAUAUAGAAUUAAAUCAUAAAGCAUUAUAUUGGAAAGUUACAUUAUGUCAUUUAAGUAUAUUUUAUAAUAUUGCAUUUUCAUAUAUGAUGUUAAAAAGAUAUAAUGAUAGUAUAAAAAUAUUAUCACAAAUUUUAAUAUAUCUAUCUAAACAAAAAAUACAUUUCUCGAAUCAACAAAAAUAUCAACAAAAUUUAAUACAUAAACUUAUAGAUAAAAUGUAUCUAAUAAUUAUUAUUUGUCAUUCAUUAACAAAUACAAGAUUAGAUGAAACAAUCCUUCAAAAUAUAAAAGAAAAUUAUUCAGGUAAAUUUUAUGCUUUACAAUCAGCUAAUGAACAAACAUAUGCAGAAUUAUUUAUUAGGGUUGCACCUAAAUUUAUUGAUCCAUUAUCUAAUAUUAGUUUCCAAAUAUUAUCAAAUUUUCAAAAUGUACAAAAUCAAACAUAUAAUUCUGAUCCAACAAAUCGACAGCUAGCCAUUUUUUUAAAAGAUGUAUCAUAUCAAAAAAAAGCUUUUUAUUUUAUUUCAUAUGCUAAAUUAUAUCAUAAUAUUCAAUUAAAAAAAUUAGCAAAUCUUAUGAAUUAUAAUGAAUUAAUAAAUAAUGAUGAUGAAUAUGAACAAGAACAAAAUGUAUCAUCAGAUAUUAUGUGUGUUAAAAAUUGUAGUAAACAAUUAAUAUGGAAAGAAGGACCAUUAUAUACAGGAGAUUUUAUUAAUUCCAUAUUUGGAAAUUCAUUUGAUUUUUUUAUUGAUCUAGAUAUUGUAAAUAUUAAAACAAGAGCACACCAAAAAAUAUUUAUUGAUUAUUUUGUUCAUCAAAUUAAUAUGAGUAAAAAUCUUAUGAAUAAUUUAUUAGGAACUGCAGCACCACAUAUGUAUAAAACAAAAUAUGACCACUUUAAGAAAAAACACAAAAAUAAAAACAGAAAUAAACACAACAAUAAUAAUAAUAACAAUAAUAAUAAUAAUAAUAAUACUAAUUAUUAUCAUAAAAAUAAACAAAAUAAACAACACCAUCAAAACAGACAUAACAAUCAAAAUAAACAACCUAAUCAAAAUAGGAACAGUCAUCAAAAUAAUAUGCACACACAAGUAGCUGCUUCUUGA